GCUAUGGAAUCUCACCCUCUUUCUGGGUAGGAGGGGCUGACUUCCUGCAGCAGCUCUGCUGCUGUCUGUGAACUGCCAGCACUCAUGGCCUGCUCUAAGCCAGCUUUUCCCUCUGAAGUUUUCUCCAGUGGGAAGCUCUUUUCAUGUGACUGAACUGUCUGACACAUCUAAACCUGCGGAUCCCAAGUCAGCUGUCGCUUUAUAUGCCACCAGCAUUGAUGGCGCGUUUAGUGGGUGUAUGUCUUUGUGCUGUGGUUUGCUUAUGUCUCUUGUUUUCUUUUUUUCAUUGUCCUCCCAGUUUGCCACCAAAGGGCAGGAGUUGAGGGCGAGGCCAGGAGGGAUAGUGACAUUCACCACCUGUCUUUUGACCUAGGGAGAAGAGUUUAUUCCACACUUGAUCAAGGAAAAUAGGGUGGAGAGUGGGGUUUUUUUUGUUUUUUUUUAGAACAAGAAUGUUCCUUAUUUGGGCUGGCAUCAGGGUGAUGUGAUCUGGUGGAGAAGGGUUUGGGGUGUGUGUGUGUGUGUGUGUGUGUGUGUGUGUGUGUGUGUGUGUGUGUGUGAGAGAGAGAGAGAGCGAGCGAGAGAACAUUGAGUGUGUGUGAGAGAGAGAAAAUAGCUGCCGUCACAAUGGAGAUAUUUCAUGGUAUUCCCUGCCACAGCAGAUCACUAAUUUUCUUGAGAUUGCACAAAUACUCACCCUUCUAAGCACUCAGUCUGAAAAAUGCCACCGCUGCAUGGGUCAGAUUCACACACACUUCUCCGGUUGUGCUAAAUUAUCAGAGCCUUACUCCUUUAACUGUGAGUUUCCUGUCCUUUGUGGGCUCCUGCUGCAAUCAUAACGAUCUUUUAAUGUAGUUUCUGUUGCAUCAGUUUCCUGUUUGACUGCACUUUAGCUGAUGACUAUCAUGGAUUUAUGUGAUUGGAUUAAACCUCAGUAACACCAAGAGAUGCAAACAGCGUAAUCUCAUAUCUGAUUGUGGAACAGCAUUGAUAGGCUUUGUGAAGGAGCCCUGCAGCUGCAACAUGGGCUCGAGGGAACACAAGUAAGACAGGAGAAAAAGUUAGAGAAGUGAAGAGUAAUUGUGGAGCAUCAUCCGUGUGCUAAUAGGGAUGCAGAUGAGCCCCAUGCACAUAGGGCAGUUACUGAUGCAGGACAAGCCUCAGGACGUUCAGAUGCUCAUUUUGGGUAAGCAUCCCCAGCCUGGCUGCUGAUCUGAACUAUACAAACCUCCUGCAUCAGCAACAUUUAACUCAAAAAUCUCACAAGCACCAUGUCACAGUCCAGCGCAAUUGCCUCUGUAUUCAGCAAGAGCGCCUACUUUUAGGCUUCUGGCUCCCAGCUAUCAGUUCUCUCGGGCGGAGACCUCAUCUUGCUUCCUUCUGAUUGGGCUGAACAGAUACCCACUUACUCUGUGAGUUCCCCAGCAAGUUAGACUGCCAAAGCAGGCCUGCUUUGCUUUCUCCUCAGAGGCUAUAAGCAGCAUAAUUGCCCUUAAUUAUAAGGUACCACACAACUUUUCUAAGCAAGCACAUUUAUUCUUAAGAUGAAAGCGUUACAGAGAAAACAUAAAAACAUAAAAGGAACUUACACACAUGCUAAUACUCUUACCAGAGACCACCCUACCCAACCCCAGCAAAGACUCUGGGGGUGGGGCAGUCCUUCAAACCCACCAAGGGGUUUUGGUGUGAUUCAAGUUCCUAACAGCAUUAGCUCAGAACAAGCACCCCUAUGAAUCUGUGAGUCCCUCCUUUAUACUGUUUGGACAUUUGACUUUGGGAUGCUGGGAACAGAUAAACAGCAGACAACGGGUUGCUCUUCAGGGCGUAGCUUCAAGAGAUUGUGUCUGGAGAUGAGGAUUUGCAUUUCCUUUCCCCCUCUGGUAUUUCCUUGGAAACCUGCUCAACUAAAAAUCCAUUUGUGUCUGGUACAUUGUUUCAAUGAGUUCUUUGAAGCUCAUAAUACAUCUCAGGGUUUACAUUGGUCAUGUAUCUCUCUUAGAGACAUCUACCUCGCACAAUAAUACAUAAACAUUUGCAUUUUUAAGCCAAGGUACAGUAGAACCUCAGAGUUAUGAACACCUUGGGAAGGGAGGUUGGUUAUAACUCUGAAAUGCUCAUAACUCUGAACAAAACGUUAUGUUCUCUCAAAAGUUUACAACUGAACAUUGACUUAAUACAGCUUUGAAACUUAACUAUGUAGAAGAAAAUGCUGCUUUCUCUUUAUUUUUUAGUAGUUUACAUUUAACAGAGCACUGUACUGUGUUUGCUGUUUUGUUGUUGUUUUUUUUGUUUGUUUUUGUCUCUUCUGCUGCCUGAUUGCAUACUUCCGGUUCCGAAUAAGGUGUGUGGUUGACUGCUCAGUUCAUAACUCUGGGGUUCGUAACUCCAAGGUGCUACUGUACUUCUAAAAUCCUUAUACUGAAUCCAAUAAGGUUUGUCCAGGAUAUUGUCAUAUCUGACACACACUGUCCCUCUCACAGGGCUGUGUGACUUCUGUUUCUGGAACGGAGAAUUGAAAUGCACAGGCCAGGGUGAAAAUGAGGAAAAAAAAGUUACCCAGGCAUUUCUGACCCAGCGCAAAGGUUCCCUGUGAGUGGUGGGUGGAAGUCCUAGUCUGUCUGUCUCUUUCUCUUUGCGUUUGUAAUGUUCCCAUCACUGUAUCAUCAUUUCUUAUCUGAAUUGGUUUUCUCCUCCUCACACAGUAGUCCAUUAUGAUGCACCUGCUCAGUGCCCAAUAUUCACAGUUCAAUGACUUACUUGGCUGCUUGAAAGCAUCAGUAAUGUAUCUUCUCAUUGGCCCCAAUCCUUCUCCAGGGAAGAAAAUGGCCAAACUCCCCACUGGCUUCAACAGGCUCAGGAUUAGGCUGACCAGACAGCAAGUGUGAAAAAUCGGCAUAGGUGGUGGGGGGUAAUAGGAGCCUAUAUACGAAAAAGCCCCAAAUAUUGGGACUGUCCCAAUAAAAUCGGGACAUCUGGUCACCCUACUCAGGAUAGACCCGUUUGUGGAUUAAUUGCCUACAAAAUGUGCAUGAUCGUGUUUAAUUAAAGGAAGGCUUUUCCCAUGAACAAAGAGGGCUGUUGCCUCAUAUCCGGGCGGCGUGGAUGCCUGGCACCCAUGCCUGCAGCAGCAUACAUAAACAUGGGGAUGACAUGGGUACACUUUAUCCAUGAGGACUCUGGAGCUGACCCAAGAGCACUCCAUUCAUCAUUUGGACAUAGUCCAUCAGGAGCAGAGUCCACAGUGCUUCUAAGAGUGUGUAGGCAGGUGUGCUGCAAGGGCUUUUUGUGCAAGGUGGUGUCAUUUCUCUUCCUCCUUGUAGACAAGAUUGUGACUCCUUUGCUCAAGUCAAGUCAUAUAUUACAUCACAAGCAAAUUAAUGGGACUUUUCUUCAGUGUGAUUAAGAAUAUCACAGUCUAGUCAACAGCAAGGAGAACAGUUUUCUUAUGUGUUGACUUAGAUUUAACUGGGUGUUUCUAUGCAGUAAAAGAGGACAGGGGAAGAAUUAUGACUACGGAGUGUUGGAUUUAUGACUGCAGGAGAUAGCGGUCCGCAUGAAGCCUGUUUCUUCACCAUGGCCUGUGAAAGCCAAGCAGACGGAGCUGAGAAACAAAGUCCCAUCUCCUACUGUGGGACCCAUGCAGAUGAAAGCUCCCUUCACUGGGUGAAAGAAUUUCACAAUGGCCAGGUGCUUAUGGCUCUCACUGCUAGCAAUACCUGCUCUUCUACCAUCUUUGAUAUGGAGCUUUGUGCAGAGAAACUGAAGACCUUUGGAAUUGAGAUGACAAAGGAUCAGUGGAGGAAUUUAAUUCAAAACGCCAUUCUGGAACCUGAAGUAAGAAGAUACAUGUUUUACAACUCCAGAGCUUUUGGGAUAGCCAUUGCUGUGAUUUUCUACAUCUCAAUCUGGGCAAAUAUUUACUCCACCAUACAGCUGUAUUCCUUUGGGUGCCGCUGGGACAUCAGCAUUCUGGUGACGGUGGCUGCCAUAGUACUCACUAUAGUUGUUAUAUUGAUUAUUGACCAACAUCAAAGGAAGAUACAUGUAAAUACUGAUGUGAGGCUGGCAGCUGCCAAUGAAGUCUUCAUGAAGCACAACUUACUUCUGGGGGUUGCAGAUGCCAUGGACAGACACCAGAACGUUCUGCAGCUUUGCUUUGUCCAUUUCAACCUGGAGCAGUGUCUUCACUCCUUAGCAGGCUAUAUUACAGAACAGAAGAGAAACCACCAGUCAGCCCUGAGGCACAAUCUGGACCAGUUCUGUGUCACUAUGGAGACAGUGAUCCAGUCGGGUCAGGGAAGAGGAGAGGAGAGUUCAUCUGAAGAGUCACCUCUUCUACCCAGUGACAAGAAAAGGACUCUGGCAUGCAGUGAACUGCUUCAUCUCAUUCCAGAGGGAGCUCCAGAGGUGAUGGCCCAGCAGCUGUUGGUGAUAUUCAGUGGCUAUUACAUCAGACUCUUGGUUAGUGGUCAGCUCCCGCAGGUCAUCAUGUUACGGCAUGUGGAACACAUGAAUAUCCCCUGCCUUUGCCAGUUCAUAGAGACGAAUGUGCUUGCCACAGGACACUGUUGGUUCAAGGCCAGGUGAUGAGAGGGGCCUGAAAAGAGUUGUUGCAAUUAAUACUGUUCAAAUACAAUGGUCCAUGGAAGAAGCCAGGAUAUAGGGAAGACCCGGAGAGAGAUACAACUGCAUCAGGGAUUUGAUUUGACCAAUGAGAGGACAGUAAUGAGGUGGAGGACAUGAAAUAAAUAUUCAAAAUCCCAUUCAGAGACAGUGAAAGAGACAGGCACCUAACUGCCCAACCGCCCUCUUGAACAGGAGCCAAAUCUCAUGUGAAGAAGUGAAUUGUGCUGCUUAUGACUUCCUUACUUCUCAUCAGGUCUGUUGGCCGUGCGAUACAAAUAGUUGCAUCUAAGUGUGUUUGUAAUGAGCUAUCAAGUCAUGCUGUGGACAGUGCAAGUAAGGAUCAUGCCUGGACGAUGCACAGCAUGUAAAGUUCAGAUUGCUGAAUGCUUAAUGCAAGGAACAUGGCAAGAUCAUGGCUUGUUAAGUUUCCUCUUUUAUGCCCCACUCAUGUUCCUUUCAUCAUGCAUGCAUGAUCCUUGCAUUUUUCCCAGCAUGGGGAAAUGACCUGGCUAUUGUCUUUAUUUUCCUGCACAGACAUACUCUAUUUUCUUUGGCCCUGAAGAUCUCUCAUGCUUGCUCCACGCCGGCAGAAAUUCACAAACUCUUAGCAUCCCAUUUGUUCUGGACUUUUGUUGGUAUUUGUUAUUUGCUAGGCAUGGACACUGCACUCAGCACUCUAUAAAACACAGAAGAUGUCAUGACCUCUGACCUGGAGAAUUGUUAACCAAGGAGCAUGAUCAGAAAUGUCCCCCAUACGUUUGACUCUAUCAGGAGUUAGGGGUGAUGAACAACUUCCAGAAGGUGCUCAGCAUCUCACUUUAUUAGGCCUCUAAAAGACAGACAACAUGAAACACACUACGAAAUCUUAAGCAAAAUUCUUUAUUGAGCAUCUUUUCUACAGUUUUGGGACAGUUAUUUUUUUGUUUUGUUUUGUUUUUGUUUUUUUUUUGCUAUCAUUUGUAAAUGACAUGGAAAAAGGAUUAGUUUUAAGCAAAAAAACCCAAGAAGUCCUUGUGGCACCUUAGAGACUAACAAAUUUAUUUGGGCAUAAGCUUUCGUGGGCUAGAACCCACUUCACCAGAUGCAUGAAGUGAAAAAUACAGGAGCAGGUAUAAAUACAUGAAAGAAUGGGGGUUGCUUUACCAAAUAUGAGGUCAGUCUAACGAGAUAAAUCAAUUAACAACAGGACACGGAGGAAAAAUAACUUUUGAAGUGGUAGGAGAGUGGCCCAUUACAAACAGUUGACAAGAAGGUGUGAGUAACGGUUUGGAGAAAUUAGUACUGGGGAAAUUAAGUUUAGGUUUUGUAAUGACCCAACCACUCCGUCUUUAUUCAGGCCUAAUCUGAUGGUAUCCAGUUACAAAUUAAUUCCAGUUCUGCAGCUUCAUGUUGGAGUCGGUUUUUGAAGUUUUUUUGUUGAAGAAUUGCCACUUUGAGGUCUUUUAUUGAGUGACCAGAGAGACUGAAGUGUUCUCCUACUGGUUUUUGAAUAUUAUGAUUCCUGGCUUGUUACCAUGUUAUUUAAUAAAUGGGAAGUGAAUGAAGUGCUUAAAUUAUACAAGUAAUUGUGUCCUGGAGUAAUAACCAUGAACAGGCAAUCAACACCCAGGUCAGACAUGGCUCAUGCUUUCCAUAUGAAUCCAUCUGACAACUCCAGACCGUAUCAUCUGGUUUCAGCAGAUAAACUUAAGGCUAUAGUUCCAUGGAGGAGCUGAUCCAGAACAAAUGGCAGUAGGGAUUUACAUGACCUCGCGACCACGACAGGCUGUAUCUGUAAGAUUGUAGUAGUUGCCUUAGGCACACAGAUGUCCUAGUGAUGAUCAGGGUACAUGGGGCUAGAGAGACAGUUGUAAUGAUGUGCUCCUGCCCGGUAAUUUCUAACUAUGAAGUCCCCUGAAUAUCUUAUUUCUGUUGAUGAAACACAUUCAUUUGCAAUUUGCCUCUCCAUGGAGACAUCUAAAGAUAUCGUUUAAACCAAGCUCCAUCUAUUACAUAGGAACUGCUAGACCACCUCAGACUAGCAUGAUCCAACUCAGUAUCUCAUCACCAGCAAGUGGGACCUACCAGACGUUUUUGAUGAAGGGGCAAAAAAAUCCAUAGGGAACAAUUAAAAAGUAACCUGCUUCCAGGAGAAAUUCCGUCCUUACUCUCCUCAUUGCCGUAUGCCCUGAAAUGUGCAGUUUGUGUCCCCUACAACUUUUUGUGAAGUCUGGAGGUUCGUGCU